AUGAGUGCAGGGCCUUAUACUCAAGGUGUUCAAGCAAUCCAACGAGAUAUCCCACUAAAUUUUUCAUUUGCUACAAAUGGAUCAACUGAACUUUUAACAUCCAAUAAAUCCAAUGAUAGGCUUAAAAAUGAAAAGCAUGCUGUUGCUGAGACGGGAUCUACUAAGUCGGGUUCUUUCUCAAUACCAUACAAUCCAACAGAUAAUACAAAUUCCUUGGACACCGCUAGUUUACUAAAUCAGUUCGAAAACAGAGAUCCCUUAUACUCCAACACAUCACAUAUUAAUAUGGUCCAUACUCCUGUUAAACAGCAGUAUUCUAACAGUCCUAAUACACCUGUACGUGGACAAAUCGAUGAGAAUCUUUUUAAUCAAGUUCCUAAAAGAUUCUCUCAGUUUAUUAUUAACCAACAGGUUCCCAACGAUGUUCAUAAAUUGGAUAAUUUAACCCUUGAUUCCAUAUCAAUUCAUAGUGUGGAUGGACUAGAACUGAAGAAGACAGAGGCUCUAAGAUUAUCGAGUGGUAAUCACUUUUCUGGCGAGAAUAACAAUGCACAGAUAAAGCGUUCACCUUCUGCUGCUGUUUCCCAGUCCACUAUCUUUUCUACCAGACAAGAAAGACGUCGUUUAUUCAAGUUGGCAAAAUCAAAAUCUAACAGUACAAAUCUCUCCAGAUCCAAAGCAAUUAGAUUCAAGCAAGGUAGUUGGUAUUAUAGAUUGAAGGUUAGAAUGAGAAAGUUUACUAAGAAACUAAAGGCCCUAAGAUUCAACAAUUUUACAGUAGCAUCUAAGAGAACUGGUAGUAUGAAGAGGUCAAAAACCAGGGGUAAGACUUUGAAGCGUAAAUAUCGUAAGAAUCCACAAAAUGCUGCCGUUAAAAGAUUAACUAGUAAAGAAAUUUCCGUACCUUAUUCUAAUCCUCAAUUGGGUAAGGGAGAAACAGAAAGAGUCGAAACAUUAGAUGCUAUGUUGAAGCAACAAGCUGGUGCAACAAGAGAACAUAACCUUCCAAAUCAUAUAAAGCAAAAUCAAAUAUCUGGAUACAUUGAUGAACAGCAAGAUUCAUACAUUAAGUCGAUGUAUACAAAGACAAAGUCUAGUUCUAUAAACUAUGGCAACAACACUUUAAACAGAAAGAGCAUUAAACAUAAUAAUUCAACCAGUGAUAUUGAAGAAAUACCACCAACGCCCCCUCCUCACCUCGAACAUAACAAUUUCAGCGUGGUUGAAGGUGAAAAAGCGAAUGAUGUUAUUGGUGCUUGGAAAAGAUACUUGAGCCAUGUUAUAAGUCAAAGAAUUCAAUUGAGACAAGAGAUUGUUUUCUUUCAAGCAUUAGCUGCAAGCAACGAUGCCAAAUUUAUGGUCGAUGACGGUAUGUCGAAGGAAGCAGAAACUAAUGAUGAUAAUUCUGAAUUUGAAUUUGUGUCGGAAUCAGAGGGUUUACUGGCUAAAUCUAUAAGCGAAACAGAAACUAUUUCCAGUUCUGAAAUCAAAAGUAAUUCUGAAAUUAUGGAUUUGCCUACUCAAGAAUUCAAUAAAGCCUAUAAUAGAAGGUCGAUGUUGGGCGAAAUGUUGGAUUAUGAUUCCUCUGAUAAUGAACUGGUUUCCUCAUCAGUUUACUCCGAUUCUUCUCAUGCUUCCACUAUCCGCUACGAAAAUUUUAUAAGAAGUGCCAGUAGCACUGCAAGUUCCGAUCUUGGAAUUGGAAAAAGAUAUGGUACGAUAUUGCGAAGAAACACAACUAUAUCGAGAAAACGGCCAGAUCAGAAAUCCGCAUCUGGUCUGGUUUAUUCUAUGAAAAGAUCUCAAGGGUUCCAAGUGGGACUUAGCGAAUUUAAAUAG